GACAUCACCACCCGGUGACCCCAUUCCCAUGGUGCUCUGCAGCCUCAGGGGUCGUCAUGGAAGACGAGUCCUACCAAGAAUGCCGAGCUCAGGAGCUGUUUGAUGAGUUUGUUUCGGCAUCAACCUGCAGAGCGACGCUGCGCUGCUUCGGCCAGCUGUGCGAACAUCUGCAGCUGGAUCGCAGCACCGCCGAGAGGCCAUUGUACCGGCCAAUCAAACGACGCCUCAACUACUGGAAGGCCAAUGCUCUGUGGGCCAAACUGGACCGAAGGGCUGCACGGCAGGAGUACCAGAAAGCUGGAGUCUGCAGCAACAUGACCUGUGUGAUCAUUGGGGCGGGGCCCUGUGGCCUGAGGACAGCGGUGGAGCUGAGUUUCAUGGGAGCUCGGGUGGUGGUGCUGGAGAAGAGAGAUUCGUUCUCCAGGAACAAUGUGCUCCAUCUGUGGCCCUUCACCAUCCACGACCUGCGAGGCCUUGGGGCCAAAAAGUUCUACGGAAAGUUCUGCGCUGGCUCCAUCGACCACAUCAGUAUCCGGCAGCUGCAGCUGGUCCUGCUGAAGGCUGCAUUGCUGCUGGGGACCGAAGUCCAUGUCAAUGUGGAAUUUAAACAGCUAGUGGAGCCACCAGAGGACCAGCAGCGACACAAGGUGGGCUGGAGGAUGGAGGUGAGUCCAAAUCCUCAUCCUGUCAGUCAGCUGGAGUUUGACGUCAUCAUUGGAGCUGAUGGACGCAGGAACACGCUGCCAGGUUUCAGGCGUAAAGAGUUCAGAGGGAAGCUGGCCAUCGCCAUCACAGCCAACUUUAAAAACAGAAACACUUCAGCUGAGGCCAAAGUGGAGGAGAUCAGCGGAGUUGCCUUUAUUUUCAACCAGAGGUUCUUCCAAGAGCUGCGACAGGAAACUGGUAUUGAUCUGGAGAACAUUGUCUACUACAAGGAUGACACUCACUACUUCGUGAUGACAGCUAAGAAACAGAGUCUGCUGGACAAAGGAGUCAUUCUACAGGACUUCGUGGACACUGAGCUGCUCCUCUCUCGAGGAAACGUGGAUCAGGACGCGCUGCUGGCAUACGCCCGGGAUGCUGCUGAUUUCUCGACCAAUCACCAGCUGCCUUUUCUAGACUUUGCCAUGAACCACUAUGGCCAGCCGGAUGUUGCAAUGUUUGACUUCACCUGUAUGUACGCCUCCGAAAAUGCUGCUAUGGUCCGCCAACGCCAUGGACAUCAACUGCUGGUCACACUGGUGGGAGAUAGCCUCCUGGAGCCCUUCUGGCCGAUGGGGACAGGUGUAGCUCGGGGGUUUCUUGCAGCUCUGGAUUCAGCCUGGAUGAUACGAAGUUGGGCUCAGGGUGGCACACCUCUGGAUGUCCUCGUAGAAAGAGAGAAUCUGUACCGUCUUCUCCCCCAGACCACGCCAGAGAACAUGCAGAAGAACAUCAGUCUGUUCUCUGUCGAUCCAGCAACAAGAUACCUGAACAUCAGCUCUAUGACUGUCUCACCUGCACAGGUGAGACACCUAGUGGACACAGGAGAGGAGGCAGGGCCAAACACAGACCUCAGUGACAUCAUCAGACUGCCCUCCCCGAGACACCUCAGAGAAGAGUCCUUCUUGCGGUCCAAUCAGCUGCUGACUUGGUGUCAGGAGCAGACUCGAGGUUACCAUGGCAUCGCCGUGAGUGACCUGACGACUUCCUGGAAGAGUGGCCUUGCCUUGUGUGCUCUUAUCCACCAAUACCGACCCCAUCUGAUAGAUUUUGAUUCUCUGGAUGAGUCUUCAGUGGCAGAAAACAUUUGUCUCGCCUUUGAUGUGGCGGAACGAGAGUUCGGGAUUUCUCCUUUGAUGACGGUGGAAGAAAUGUCGUCUGUGGGAGAACCGGACUCCCUGUCAAUGGUGAUGUACCUGAGUCAGUUCUACCAGCUGCUCAAAGAGCCGUCGCCCUCUGCUGGCUGCCUCAUUCAGAGUGCCGACCUGAGAUCAGCUCUCAUUGCUCCGGCCUCCCUCCUCAGCAGAUUGGGUACCAGUCCAUCCAGAAAGAAAAAGUUUCUGCAGGAACACAAGGGCAUGCUGGGAAAAAGGAGGAAGAUGAGCGGAGAGCUGCAGGAGUCAUGUGACCUGAACGGUGAUGCUAGCAACAUCUUUGUGGGAGGGGUUGGUCGGUCCAGAGUCCGCCUCAUGGCCAAUCAGCUGCAGGCAAAGCUGGACGAGAGCUCAGCUCCCUGCAGGUCUUCUCCAACUGGUGCAGCUUUCCAUCAGCAGCAGGGGGAGCUGUCCUCCGACCUCCCUCCAUCAUCAGAGUCAACAGACAGUCAACAGGCUGCUUCACUGGUUCACGCAUCUCCGUGGAGACCGAAACGGACUCUUCAACAGGAACAGAUGAGUUUUCGCUUUAAGGAGAGGAUCAAGUCUCAGAACAUGUCCAGCAGAGACGAGCAGGUGUCCUUGAGCCAUGUGUGCUUCUUCUGUGAUCAGAAGGUUUAUGUGAUGGAGCGUCUCAGUGCUGAAGGCUUCUUCUUCCAUCGGUCGUGUUUCCAGUGUGAUUCCUGCGGUGUGUCCCUGAGACCAUCCUCCUACAUCUAUGAGAAUGACAAUGGGAGGUUCUACUGUCUCAGGCACCCUGAUUGUGAGCUCGGUGCUCCAGCUGUGAGGAAGAGGAGGACUCCAUCUGCUUCACAGCGAACAUCAAUGGCGUCUCUAAGCUCUGAGUCUCUAAAGUCCAGCGACCGCCGUCGAUCUUCAGCUGCUUCUGUGAUGGUGGCGACACCGGAGAGGAUCGAGCUGGAGAUCUACAGACGGAGCUCCAAGGCGGAGCUGCAGGAGGAGCCCGAGGAGUCUGACGAGGUGUCUGAAGAGGUCCUAACCCACUUCAACCUGGAUCAACAAGUCCACAUCAGUCCUCAGUCAGGGGAGGAGGAGGAAGAGGAGAAGGAGGAUGGUGAAGGAGAUCCACUCACUGUAACCUCUGAGGAGGUGACGGCUUCAUGGAGGGAACCUUUCCAUCACUGUGGAGACGAGGGAGAGGAGGGUGAAGAACAGGAGGAGUCUGGUGAUGAAAAAGAGUUUUCUUUAUACACCUGUGACACACCUGUAAAGUCUGACUCUACCCUCCCAUACUGCUUCACCUCCUCCACACCUUCCUCUGCAACUCUGCCUGGAGCAGCUACGCCCUCCACUACCAGCUUCGUCACCUCACCUGACUCCGCUCCUGACCCUCCUCUAUCACCUGUCAUCGUCAUGGAAACAGCUCUCCAAAAACUCACAGCUCUACCUGCUGCCGGAGGGCGGGGCUCUUUUGAUGACAUUAGUCCUGAACUCCCACAGAGGAAGCCCCUCCUCCCUCAGGACAGGAGGGAGGAGUCAGAUAAUCAGGAGGUGGGAUCAGAGGAGGAAGUGUCAAAUGGUAUGAGGAGGGGGAGGAGAUGGAAUAGAGGAGUAGGCAGUCUGCCACCUUGCCUCCUCCCACCUCUGCAGGCUAGGAGUGGGGGUUUCCUCCUUCACCUGAAAGGGCUCAGAGAGCCCUCUACUUCUGAACAGGUAGAGGUGGGAGGGGGCAGAGCCAGAGGCCUGUGGAAGGCGGUGUUUCCUCCAACCAGGAAGGAACAGAAGAAGAGAGACAGGACUUUACCUGAUGAAAGGAAGGGAUCAGCCAAUCAUAGGAAGGUUACAGGAGAAGAGUCCGAUCUGGAUUCAUCCACUCUGCUGAAGAGAUGUUCACUGAAGCCCCGAAACAAACUGCAGGUGGACCUACUCGACCUUGUGUCAGAAAUCCAGAAGGUCGCAGUGAGAGAGGAAGAGGAGGAUGAAGAUGAGAACCAGAAGCUGGCAUAUGUUCCUCAUGCUCUGGCCUUCAGACGAUCAUACGCCAUCAAGAGACAACCCCUCCAAGACAAAAUCCAGUACUCUGACGAACAGUCUUCAUGUCCCACUGAGGUGGUGGGGAUCCUGCAACAGCCAAAGGAACCAUCAAGUCUGAGUGUGAAGGAGACCAUGUUUCAAAGACAGCAAGAGAACGAAGAUGAAGACUUGGACGUCAAAAUCACAAGAAGGGUUCAGAGAGCUGCCAGGCGACAGGCUAAACAGGAGCAGCUGAAGAGACUGCACAGGGCUCAGCUGAUCCAGAGACAGCUGCAGCAGGUGGAGGAGAAACAAAGACAGCUGGAGGAGAGAGGAGUGAUGGUGGAGAAAGCUUUGAGAGGAGAAGCAGACUACUGGGGAGACGUCAGCCACAGUCCAGACCUGGAGCUUCACCUGGGAGGACUUGGUAAAAUGGACAAUCCUGCUCUGAUGCAGCAGUGGUUCCAGCUGGUCCAGGAGAAGAACUCUUUGGUUCAGUAUGAAUCGGAACUCAUGAUCUUUGCUCAUGAGCUGGAGCUGGAGGACAGACAAAGUCGGCUGCAGCAGGAGCUCAGAGAGAGGAUGGCUGUGGACGACCACCUGAAGGGGGAGGAGCAGCUGGCUGAGGAGCGUCUGAUCCUGGAGGAGAUGUUGGGGGUGGUGGAGCAGAGGAAUGCUCUGGUGUCUCUGCUGGAAGAGCAGCGGUUGCAGCAGCACCAGGAAGACCAGGACUUAGAGAAGGUCAUGAUGGCUGGAGGACUGCCACUCAACUGGACCUGAAAUUGGUCUAAAGUGAACACAGAUUCCAGGACAGUUAGAACCGAGUACUCAGAACCACAUGUGGACCUGAUGUUGGUCCAGUCUUUUCAGCAGGAAGUGAUUUGUCAUUGCAUGAGUGAAGAAGCUAAAGAGCAGCAGGUGGAGCAGUGGGUGGAGAAGCGAGUGGUCCAGUGGGUGAUGCAGUAGGUGGAGCAGUGGGUGGAGAAGUGAGUAGUCCAGUGGGUGGAGCAGCAGGUGAAGCAGCUGUGGUGCAGAAGGCAGAGAAGCAGGUGGUCCAGUGGAUGGAGAAGUGGGUGGUGCAGCAGGUGAAGCAACAAAUGGAGAAGCAGUUGGUCCAGUGAGUGGUGCAGCUUCUGUCUCCACCUGCUGCUUGUAUGUAGUUCAGGUUUGAGUCAUUGCUGCUGCACUAAAAAACAUGCUAAUGCUAAUAGUGAAUGCUAACAGCUAACAAAUCCCAGUUGGCUCAUUGUGAUUUAAUGAUGUGUUUGUAAACCAGACUCUGGGUGGGGGGAGGACACUUGAGGUGGCAGGAUGUCCUCAGACAGGACGUCAGUUCUGAGGAUUAAUGUUCUUGGUUCAAGUUCUCUGACUUGGAGUAAAUUGACCUCUCAGAGCCACCGUACAGAAGUCCAUGUGGUUUUCUUCUUCACACUGUGAACCAGGGGCCUCAUUUCUAAAGCUGUCAUAUCUACAAAAAACGGCGUAGUAGGUGAGACCACCAUGAAACUCUACAGGACAUGAGGACACGUUACCCAGAGCACAGGAGGACCAACAUGUGUUUAUUAACCUGAACUCAGGUAGACUAUUGAUCGUGCCAUCAGAUGUUACCUGCCUUACUUUGUCAUCAAUAACUCAGACUGGUCAUGUGACUGAUGAGCUCUCAGAUGUACUUCCAGUUUUCUCUAAUUAAAAUCUGAUAUUUGU